AUGAAGCCACCAGACCGUUCACAAUGUCCACCCAGACGCAAUGGCAAAGGAGAGGAAGAUGAAGAUACCCAGAAAUUUAAGCCUUGUCGACGUUAUGGGCUGUUUGCCGCUGACAGUGAUCCUAAUAAAUUGCAAAAGAGGCUCUCAGACGAAGAUGGAAAAUAUUUGGAUGGAUAUUACGCAUCUAUCUGCGAAUAUUCGGAGAUUUGCAAACAUUGUGGUGGUAGACCGGCACAUAUCGACACUGUUAUUAUUGCUGUAGAUGGAGCGUGUCGAGGCAAUGGUUCAUUGAAGCCAGAAGCCUCGUACGGAGUCUUCGUGAAGGAGAAAUCACUUCUCAACAUAUCUUCUCGCAUUCCGGAUAGCGAAGACGCACCUCCACCUACAAAUCAAAUUAUAGAAUUAUGGGCUGCUUAUUUUGGUAUCAAGACUGCGAUUCGCCUCAAGGAAAGCGUGGGAAAGAAACUGUCCUUGGUUGUUAUCAAGGCUGAUUCCGAAUACGUUGUAAAAGGCAUGACGGACUGGAUCGGCAAAUGGAAAAACAAUGGGUGGAAGACUGCUAAAGGGGGCCCAGUGACCAAUCGAGACAUGUUUGAGAUACUUCAAACAGCUGUUGAUUUUGCUGCCAGACGAGGUGUUAAGAUUGAGUUUUGGCACGUCAGAAGAGAGUUUAAUCAAGAGGCGGAUGAGCUAGCAAAUCUGGCUUUUGAUAACUCUUUUUCUGCAGAACUGAGAAAAACGUUGAUUUGA